AUGAAGCAAGUCAAGCAACAGCAGCAUCAAAUAUCUAAUGAUCUUAAUCAGGUGAUCUGUGCAGAGGAAAAUCUUGCUCUUGAUAAAGAGAUUCUUCUAAUAGAGAACAGACAACUACAGCAAGCUCUUAAUCAAGAGAGAAGAUGUUGCAAGUGUGGCAGGGCAAUGAGAUUGCUAGAUCAUUCAAAUUCAUCAUUGACACAGUUCUUUUCACUGACAAAGAUGCAGAGCAUCUGUGAGCAGAUGACUGCUGCAGAGAUCAUCAAAAAGAAUGAACAGACCUGUAAGAAGGAUGCCAAGUUGCAACACACUAUUCUUAAGAAGCAGAAGAAGGCAGAUAUCAUGUCACAGCAGAUGAAGUGA